GCAAUGAAGGAAUUGGAAGAAGAAGAGCGACGUGCACGUGAGCAAGAAAGGAAUGAAGAGCGAGGUGCAUUGGCACAAGAAAAUAGAAACGAAGAAAUUGACGUGAGAGAAUUCGAGCAUUCGAAUGCCAUCAACGGGGUUUUCUUCACGUGCGAGCUAUUGGGAGAUGACAUUGUGCUAACAAAAAAUGAGAUGAAGCAAAAUGUGGAAGAAUUUCUUCGUUCGCAAAUGCAUGAAGAUAGUGUGGUAGCAUCCACGUUGAUGCUCUUUUCAUUAAACGCGACCGAUAAACGACAAACGGCCUGUGAAACUCUGCAAAAGUAUAUUCAAAAUGUGCUCGAACAUCCAGAUGAGGCGAAAUUUCGUCGUAUUCGACUUGCGAAUAAAGCAUUCCAG